AGUUGGCAUAGUACAGAUCUCUCCCUUCUCUUCUAUAUAAAGCCUUUUACAUAUUGCAUUGUUACUCAAACCUUGCAAGUGUUCUCUUUCUCAUCUCUUAUCACUCUCUCUCUCACACUGCAUUUUUGAAUAAUGGAAAGAAAUAACCAGUUGCAUCGACAAGUUAUUCUUUCAAGGCAGUCCCUGUUUGAUCAGGGUUUUCUUGAUGAGCAAUUUCUUCAGCUUGAGGAACUUCAAGAUGAUGCUAAUCCAAAUUUUGUGGAGGAAAUUGUCACAUUGCACUACAGGGAUUCAGCUAGACUAAUCCUUAGCAUAGAGCAAGCAUUGGAGAGGAAUCCUCUUGAUUUUAACAAGUUAGAUAGCCUUAUGCAUCAAUUCAAGGGAAGUAGCUCAAGCAUUGGAGCCAAAAAGGUGAAAGCUGAGUGCACUCUCUUUAGGGAAUUUUGCAGUGCAGGCAACGGAGAAGGUUUCCUUGUAAAAAGCAGAUGCAUUAGGACAUUCCAACAACUCAAGAAAGAGUAUGCAACAUUGAAAAAGAAGCUUGAGGCCUAUUUUCAGCUAGCAAGACAAGCUGGGCCUGCUCAGACUGCAUGUCGCCCCAAGUAAGAAAUUGAGUGGAAGAACAGAUGGCUGGUUACGUAUUUCUGAAAAUGUUUUGCUAUUGGAAGCCCAAUAAGCCGCCCUGAUAUGGAAGGGUUUUGUUAUUGGGUUUAGCAGGCUAUAGUGUCGCAUUUCAGUGCUUUUACAGAUGUUAUAAUAAGUCCUUUUCAAAUAUUAUGAGAUACCGAGUUGUAAAUAUUAUGAAAAAAAAAAAAAUUUACAUCCUUGAGGCAUGUAAAAAUUAACAUAUAUAUUCUUCUAUAGAAAAUCUCUAUAAUUGACUCUUGUCA